AGGAUCAUCCUAUAAGUUUUUGUCCCGAGUCGAGAUCUUGCCUCAUCGAGACCCCUCUACCCCACAGGACCCCGAACUGCUCGGCGGGGUGUGUCACCGUCCCCUGUUCACUUGCUACGACUCGGGAUGGCUUGGUGGGAUCCCCAGCACCGGACGCUCGGUGCCUCACCGCGGUCAAAGCCUCGGCUCGUCAUGGGCGAUGCCUUCCCCCGGCUCGAGCCCGCACAUACCGACAGACGCAUCGACAUGGAGCGGGAGCGGGCCUUGCUGUCUCCCGUCUUCGAGGAUCAGCUGGCGCCGCCCACCACACCAGCCUUGGUGGUGCACGUCGAGAUCCGCUUCACAGACCCCGUCAUCCGGUCCAGAUACUGCCGCAGCUAUGGCAGCUCGCCGAGUUUUGACGCCACCAACCGGAUGUGUCGAGGUCUUGUGCGCCGCAUGGAGCGCUGCUCUGAAGAGCUACUCACGCGCAAGGACUCAAGCGCUCUCGACGCCUUCAAGGGCGACACCUACGAGCGCAAGCCGCAGCGGUUUGAGCUGACAUUCCGCGUCUUGAGAAGGGGCAAGGGCGAGUGGGCCGAGCGGACCUACCGGUCUUACCAGAAGCAACCCCUGACCGUUGCUCUCACAAGGGAGAUCAUCCUGUCCACUCAUAGGAUAGUUGGGCUUUUUCUGCGCCGACACGACGAGAACUUCCGCUGGCUCGACUGUCCGGUGCCCGACGGCGACUUAGCGGAGAGUGAGCCCCUGGUUCCGUCUCGGGACGACCUUCCGUCUCUUCUCUCCGUCCCCACAUCUCGGUUUGUCGAGGCGGCGCAGACAUUUGAGUCGGUGCCGGGAUACAGCAUCGAGCUUCGCUUCCGGAGUAGGGAUCCGCAACGAGGUCUCCCGGCCUUUGAGAAGAGGAUCAAGGUUGACAGCGCGCAAACUACACCCCUGACUCUGUUUAUGAGCGAGGACAUGUUGCGGACAGCUCUGCAGGCUGUCAACCAGCUGUUGGAUUCCAAAAAACGGGAGCUUGACGACCGCCUCGGACGGCAGCUUGGUGCUGACGGCCGCCGCUCAGACGGCGACUUGCUCAAGAUGGACCUCAGGAUAUCGAACAAUCUAGGACCCGCCUACAGCCACCUACACAGAACCAUCGAGAGCAAGCUUGCCCUGUUCCGAGACCCCGUAGCCAGAGACUGCGACCACUUUCUCGGUGACAUCGAGAGGUUUCUGGUCCAUAUCAGGGAUGAAGCCGACUCCAAACUAAACUCCAUGAACGACCUGGAAUUUCAAGUAGUCGAGCUCAAGGGUGUGGGCUGGUCACUUCGAGAGCCGGCCAAGUUCACCCUCGGCCCGUCCCAAUCCUACGGCCGGCGGACAAUCCAAGCCGCCCUGGAACGCGUUCAGACGGGAAUUGGGGACGUCAUCCGUGGCCAUAACAUCGCUAUUCACAUCAAGGCGCACAAGCGAGGGCAUCUCGUCCUGGACAAGGCGAUAGUAGCGCACGAGAAGCGUGGCAGACCGAGAGAGUCCUUCGCCUCGAGCGAUGAGGCCCAAGCGGUCUUUGUGUCGAGACUGAAGGCCCGAAUCCAGGAGGAUAUGGACAGGGUAUUCGAGGACUCUUGUUCUAUCGAUGAUAUUCCUGAGGAUGAAGAAGACUACGUCGCCCGGCCAACGACGCCGGCGCAGCCUGAACAAGCCAUGUUUGACGGAGGACCGUCUCCGCGAUGCUCACCAUCAUCGGCGAAAUCGUCACCGGCAAGGCAGUCCAUGACGGCAUGGAGCAGCAUGCACGGUCCACCGAGGCCGCGCGCCCAACGGGUGUUUUCCCUGUCCCGUCGUUCCACGGAAUCCAUGAGGUCGAUCGAUUAUCUCGGUGCGGCCGGUGACCCAUCUACAGGUCCCAAUAGCAGUCUCGGUAACACAGCCAGCGAACAGAUAUCGGAGGGUUGGCCAAACUCGUCGACGCUUCAGGGUCUUGCGCCGCUGCUCGCCGCCGCAGAAGUUAAACCUGGGCAGCGACCGUCUUCGGUCGUGCAAGAGAGAGAGUCAUCCAUGGUCCGCGUCAGCAGUGCUUCGACACUUAUCGAGGAGCAGGCCGCAUAUGAUGGGAGCAGCGACAUUCAUGGCCAUAUGACCGGAGACGAACUGCAGAGCGCCGUAGAGGGGCAUAGCCGCGCAAAUAUGACGUCGAGCAAGGAGCUGGGCCCUGUAGUUGCUCAGUCAGGGAUUUUCCCUGCAAGAGCUUCGCCUGUUGCCUCCAGCCCCGCGGCGCAAGGAGCUAUGAUGCCUUCCCGGGAAGAUGAGUGCGAGGACACACCAUCAGCUGUCAGCAAGCCCGAGCAGAGCAAGAUGGACACGCCCGAGACCUUCGUGGACGCCCCAGAAUACGCCGCCAACCCAGUGUCCAAAGACAUCGGAAUAUCUGACCUCACCGGUGCUUUAAACGCGCAGACCAGCCCCCGAGAAGAUGAUGAAUUCUCGACUGCGCCAUCGACCCCUGAAUUAAGUACCGGAGGUUCUUCGCCAAGGUACAGUGUCUUGGCAACGCCGGUCUGCGUACGGACAGGUUCGGAUACUAAACGUCCAGCCAGCGGGAGUCUUCACGCCGGGACCGAUUCUGAGGAUCUCGGAAUGGGCUUGAAAAGUGACGCAGCCCUGGAAGAAACCUCCAAGGGCGACGACUAUCAGCGUCCUGCACGCGGCGAAUUCUCGGUGGGCCAGUGUAGCUCGGAGAUGUUGGAUGUACUUGGAGUGCCGAAACAAUUGACUGGAGCACACGACAAUAUCCUUGAGGAUGCAGAUAGCCAGCGUGCAGCGGGAGGACCCGACCCGGCGGUCCGGGCAGUUUCACCAAGCGGAACAUCCAACAGCACCCAACAAAACCUAAGACAGCUACGACCGAUCACCUCUGUUUCAUCUUCCGAGCCCAAGUCUGACUGCAAAUUGGCCCCGGAGAGUCAGGUUUAUGCCGAACAGCUCGGGGCCGAGUUCACCGCACGAGCCGACGGUCUUUCCCAUGUGCCGGAUAUCCCCACCUCUGAAGUCCGGAGGUCGGACCCGAGCAAGACGUCAGAUCACGUUUCAGUUUCACAUACUUCUACGCUCGAGCUCGACCUGAGCCCUGCCAACGGGCGGAAAUCUUCGCCCGAGCCCGAGUCUCAUGCGAGAGAAGCCGCCGGCAGCGAACUCGGCGCCGGAAGCGGUGCCGAGAACACAUCCGUGGCGGACAAUGCCAACCCAAGUGCCCAAAACGACUUAUCUGAACCCCCUUCAGGUGACAAUCCUGACCAAGCUCACGGUACGGAACCAGAGCCGGUCCCGUCGGAAUCUAAGGCUACGGAUGGGGUCAACCAUGCGACCGAGCUAGAGACCGAGGAUGUGAUCCAGGAUCGAGUUCAGCAUGAACCGGGCAACGCACAGGUUCCGAGGAGAGACGCCGGGCCCGACACGGACAACGCGCCGUGUCAGGGCGACAGCCACGGCGUAGAUGAGGGAUCCGGGGCGACCACCGCGCAGCACGACAAGGAUCAGUCCGCUCCUGAGAGUGCGAUCUCUGUCGACGUCGGUCCCGCCAACGAGGCUGAAGGUGCCCGUAGCGGUGCCGAUUCUGACGUUCUUCUAUUGGAGACCGACAAUGGACACUCGGAGCUGGUUCACGGGCCCGGUUUUUGCGUUGUCAAGCCGAAGAGCGGGAUCACAGACAAGGUUCCCGGCGCACUUGACUUUGAUGGCGUCACAAGUGAGACGAGCGGAAAGGAUGAAACGGCGUUGUCGGGGACUGUUGCUGAGCCCGAGCGAUUCGUCGCAGAACAGGAGCAGAAGGCCGAUGCCUGCACUCCGGUGCCGACAUUUUCCGGGGCCGAGGAGUUCCUUGCCCUCCAGGCCGAAUCCGGUGCUGGAUCUGACGGAUCCGAGAUUCCUGUUGAGCAUGCGGCGGAUGGGGAUAUCGGGUCGCCAAGUCAAGAUAUCCUCUCCGAGCCGGGAGCCGCCGCACCGGAGCUCGGCGCUGGAAGGCUUUUGGGCGGGGAAGAUGCCAAGGAGGACAUUGUCCCGGUCUUGGCUGAGGCAGAGAUCACCGCUGCGGGGCUUCCGGGAGAGUCCCGGACCGAGAAAACUGGACGAGAAUUCUUCACGGAGCCGCCUGUGGCGAAUGGAACCGAGGCCGAGAAUGCGAAGCGCAAUGCUAGCGAGGAAGUGCUGGAAGGACCGCCCACGGAUACGACGGUCACCGACCCUGCAAAUACGGAGAUUUCGAAGCAAGAGCCGGCCGGCCGUCCGGCGGGCGCUUCAAGUUGCAUCUCGGAUGAGGCCAGCCCUUGCGUUGAGGCCGAUGCCGAGGCCGACGUGUCUCCCGGGUCUAUCAAUAGGAGCGUCAGCGACGAGCUCCGAUUGGCAAACGAGGACACCGGCGAUUCGAGCACCGCGGAGCAUAAGCCGGGCGAGGGGCAGCCGGCGAUAUCGGCCAGCCUGGGCCAGGGAUUGACCGGGGAAGCUGCCGAGACCGCGUCGGAGUCCCAGCCCGUGAAUGUCAGCGAGGAACUUCCGCAAGGACCCGCUGAUCAGACCAACAACAUCGGACAGGAGGCCUCUUAUGAAGCUGGACGGGUUCAAGACUACAUCGUUCUUCCAACUGACGAAAUCGUCGACAGUAAGCCGCUCGGGCCCGAAGCUGAGGUGGUAACCGAUGGAAUCCCUGAAGAUGAAGCCGGCAAGGCUAAGAAGGGGAAUGUUUGUUCUAAUAAAUCAGACACCCCCGGGCCGCAACUUUGGGACCAUCAAGUUACACCAGCAAUUUCCGUCGAGCGACCCGGGACCCCGGUUCUGGACACCUCGACUGUCCCCGCUGAGUGCGGCCAUCGGCACGACUCAGUCGACAUCACGCCUCAGCCAACCGAACUUUCAACCCCAGAGACACCGGUGCCGCAGCCAGCAACGGCACCACUACCCCAGCCAUGGCAACAGCAACCUCCCGUUGCGCCAGUUCCAGACCUCAACAAGCUCUUUUCAGCCCCGACCCAAACCAACCUCCGCGGCGACGACGGCCCCUCUUCAAUAACAGCCGAGCACAUCCACUCCGCGCCACCACCUCCCACACUCAAAACAACUACUCCUACCAGCACCAGCACCAGCACCAGCGCCAGGCGCCCCCAAACCGCAAAAAAGCCACCGCAAACGCCGAUAGCAAGCUACCUCGGCGUCGGCCUGCGCGAGUCGCGCCUCGUGGAGGUCGGCUUGCGCGGCGCCCUGGGCGAUGUCCGCGCCCGCGCCCGGGCGCGGGCGAACGCCAACAUGCGCCGGCUGAGCCUGCCGCCGCAGCACAUGCUCGAUCGCGAAACGAUGGAUGCGCUGUCGGCUGCGGGGCCGGCUAGCGCGCCCGCUUCGGACGCGGGUGAUGGUGAUCAUGGGUUGUCGUCGUCGUUGUCGUCGUUGUCGUUGUCGGAGCUGGGGUUGAGAUUGGGAAGGUGGUGGGAAGGUGAUAGAGACCGUGAUGGUGGUAGGGGUGAGGAUGUCAAUGUGGACGGAGCGGGUGUGACGGGUGUAAGGGACGUUGAUGGUGACGGUGACGGCGACGGGGAGGGAGGUGCGGUGCCGGUGCUGCCGCGGAUGAUGUUGUUGCUUGCCACGGCAAUGGCGGUCGGCAAGAUCAUGAAGAGCGCUGCGGAGUAGCAACGGGGGCUCGGACGGGUUAAAUGGGACGCGAGUGACGAUGCUCU